GAGGAGGAGGAGGCGGGACCGGCGGCGACGGGCUUGGAGGGUUUCGUGCGGCGGGGGCUGCUGGCUGGCCUCCGCCCUCGGUACAAUGGAGCGAGGGCAGUAAGAGGGCGAGGGGCGAGCCGUUGGCGAGGACGGGGCAGCGAAGACGGCGCGGGCGGCGGGCGGCUCUAUAUCGGUUACCGAGAAAUAUUGAACAGCUGUUAUGAUGGGAGAUGCUGCAAAACAUUGCUUUGCCAGACAUAAUAAAGAACGAGGAAUUUUAAAUGAGGAAGAUUUUCAGAAGCACGCUUUACGUCAUGAUCAUCAAGUGAUGGAUGAUUAUGGAAAUGGACAUAGCAACAAGAUGGACACAGGACUUGAGAAAAGAAAGGGUGCCCUGGGUUAUUACGGAACGAGUCCCAGAAAGGGAGCACAUGGUGCUUUGAGUAAUCCACUUUCACCUAAAAACAGUGUUUACAAUCAAGGGAUAAGGCUAAAUAAUGCCUCAAAAGACCAAAUAAAGAAGUGGGUAUCUGACAACCAUCAUGCUAAUUCUGACACCUGGAGAGAGUACAGAUCUGCAGUCCGCAUUCCGGUCAGGCCACGGAAAGACACUUCUCAUGAGUGCGAGAGCACAGGAAACAGAAACACAAGAAGGCAGCUCCAGAAAGAUCUGACCAGCGAAGAUGUAUCAGAUAGGAAAGGAAACUCCGAAAUGAAGAAACAUAGGAAACCAAGGAGAUCAAGAAGGAUGAGAAAAGAAGAGAAUGAUGAAGAUGAUGAACUGGAUGGACCAGUUAUAGAUGAAUCUUUACUGACUGCAAAAGAAUUACUAGGACUGCAACAAGCGGAGGAACGGCUUAAGCGAGACUAUAUUUACAGGCUGAGGAAGCGACCUCGAAGCUACCCAACAGCAAAGUAUACUUGCAGAUUAUGCGAUGCUUUGAUUGAGUCAGUGGCAUUUGCUCAUAAGCAUAUAAAAGAAAAAAGACACAAGAAAAACAUAAAGGAAAAGCAAGAACAACAACUGCUGACUGCUCUACCUCCACCAACACCUUUGCAAAUUGAAGCUAUUGGGGUUGCCAUUGAUAAAGUAGUGCAGGAACAUGGUUUAAAUAAUGAAGAUUUGGAACAAAGGGUUGGAAUUAAAACUGCCAUGGAAAAUGUACUGCAUCAGAAAUUGCCAGAUUGUUCUCUAAGGCUAUAUGGCUCUUCCUGUAGCAGAUUUGGUUUCAAAAACUCUGAUGUAAAUCUAGACAUUCAGUUUCCAACUAAUAUGUCACAGCCAGAUGUUCUUUUACUCGUACAAGAAAGUCUGAAGAAUAGUGAAUCUUUUAUUGAUGUUGAUGCAGAUUUCCAUGCAAGAGUACCUGUGGUGGUGUGCAAAGAAAAACAAAGUGGCCUUGUUUGCAGAGUAAGUGCAGGGAAUGAAAACGCCUGCCUGACAUCAAAUCACUUGGCUAUGCUAGGAAAACUGGAACCUCGUAUUGUGUCCCUAGUUAUUGCUUUCAGACACUGGGCCAAUUUGUGUUGUGCAGACCGUCCUGAAGAAGGUGGCUUACCACAGUAUGUGUUUGCUCUGAUGGUUAUUUUUUUCCUACAACAGAGGAAGGAACCUUUUCUGCCUGUUUAUUUAGGAUCGUGGAUUGGAGGGUUUUCACUAAACAAAUUGGUGAACUUUAAUCUAAAAGAAGUUGAAAAUGACAUUGUGGUCUGGGAGCACAGUCCUGGUGGGGAUGAUCCCAGUUCUUCAAAGGAGGCUUCUCCUAAGAGGGGCAAGGUUCCUUUAGUGUUUGAUUCAGAUCAUCAGUGUUCAAGCCCAGUUGGUCAGUUGUGGGUUGAACUUCUUCGUUUCUAUGCCUUGGAAUUUAAUUUGGCUGACUUUGUCAUCAGCAUACGUCUCAAAGAAAAACUUUCCCGUGAAUCAAAGGACUGGCCUAAAAAGAGAAUUGCUGUGGAAGAUCCUUAUUCUGUGAAGAGAAAUGUCGCACGAACACUUAAUAGUCAGUUGGUAUAUGAAUAUAUUCUUCACUGUUUACGGGCAACAUACAAGUAUUUCGCUAUGCCACAUAAGCAGAGUACAAAAAAUAACCAGAAGAGCCUUCCUGAAUCCAUUGCACUUCUAGAACCUGAGGAGAGUGCUUUGAAACAUGAUAUACCUGACAUGAAAACUGCACAUGAUGAAACAGAGGGAAAUAUAGUAGACAAUUAUGUAGUUCCUGCCAAGAAAAGUCUGUAUUUUUCUCAGGAGCACACGUUUGAGCCCUCUCAGAUAUUUGGAUCUGAAAACUUUGUGGAAGAACAGCUGACAGAUGGUAUCGAUGAUUUAGGAAUUUCUCAUGAGGACUCAGACUGUAUAAUUGAAGAAUUUAUAUCUGGUGACAAUGAUGAACUUAAGCCAAGCUGUGAAGAGACAGAGAGUGGAAACGAAGAAGAAGAACAGCAUGAACAUGUUAGAAAAUGGGAAGGUCAUUUGGAUAUUAAUCAAGGUUUGGAUGAAGACAGUGAAAGUGGGGACCUUGCGAUGCCAACUAAUGAACAUGAUGUUGAAACUGACAGCAUUUCUGAUUUGGAAAGUUUUCAAAACAUGGUGGCAGCUCUUGAUGAGUUUGGGUUAGAAUGCAGUAGUGUGUUGGAAGAUAAGGUUGAUGUUGACGAAGAGAGCACAGAAGGUACUGAUGAAUUGGAUGAUUCGCUGGUCAAAUUGGAACCACCAACUCAGGAACAAGUAUUUGAAAUGGAUAACUCAGAAGAGGAAGAGGAGGUAGAAGAGGAAGAAGAAGAUGAAGAAGAACACAGUAUUGUAAACCAGAAACAACAUAGGAAUGUUAUCAAUACUGAAGAUGAACUGGACAACACAUACACUGGAUCUGGCAUUGAGGAAGCUCUGUCUGAAGAGGAAGAACUGUUUAUGUCUCUCAAAUAUGAAGAUAAUGAAUUCGAGAAGAAUGAGGAUGAACUUCCAAGAGCAGAUUUGAAUAAAGGGGACAGUGUUGAAAAUGAGAAGUUUUCAGAAAGCAACAUAGCCAUAGACCAGAGUAGUAAAUCUGAAUUCUGCUAUGAGUUUAAUAGAUCUAUUUUCACAAAAGGAAAGGCUCCUACAAUCGUGUGCAGCUUAUGUAAGCGGGAAGGUCACCUAAAAAGAGACUGUCCAGAAGACUUCAAGAAAAUUGAGCUAGAUCCUUUGCCACCAUUAACACCCAAAUUUUCCAGUAUGUUGGAUCAAGUGUGCAUCCAGUGUCAUAAGGAUUUUGCUCCAAAUGUUAUAGAGGACCAGGCUCGUGAAUACAUACGGCAAAACCUUGAAAGAUUCAUCCAGCAAGAAUUUCCAGGCACAAAAUUAAACUUGUUUGGCUCUUCAAAGAAUGGAUUUGGCUUCAAGCAAAGUGAUCUUGACAUUUGUAUGACAAUUGAGGGUCUGGAAACUGCUGAGGGUCUUGAUUGUAUAAGAAUUAUUGAAGAACUUGCACGUGUUCUCAAGAAACAUUCAGGUCUAAGAAAUAUAUUACCCAUUACAACUGCUAAAGUGCCAAUUGUCAAGUUCUUUCAUGUCCGAAGUGGUCUUGAAGUAGACAUCAGUUUGUACAACACAUUGGCUUUGCAUAAUACAAGACUUCUGUCCUGUUAUGCAGCUAUUGAUCCCAGAGUUAAAUAUCUCUGUUACACAAUGAAAGUAUUUACCAAGAUGUGUGACAUUGGUGAUGCAUCUAGAGGCAGCUUAUCCUCCUAUGCUUACACUCUUAUGGUGCUCUAUUUCCUUCAGCAGAGAAACCCACCUGUCAUUCCUGUUCUUCAAGAGAUCUACAAAGAGCCAAAAAAACCUGAAAUUCUAGUUGAUGGUUGGAAUGUCUAUUUCUUUGACAGAGUAGAUGAACUGCCAGCAGUUUGGCCAGAGAAUGGUAAGAACAAGGAAUCCAUUGGAGAGUUAUGGCUGGGACUUCUGCGUUUUUAUACUGAAGAAUUUGAUUUUAAAGAACAUGUUAUCUGCAUCCGAAGAAAAAAUUUGCUUACGACAUUCAAGAAGCAAUGGACUUCAAAAUACAUAGUGAUUGAAGAUCCUUUUGAUCUGAAUCAUAACCUUGGUGCUGGAUUAUCAAGAAAAAUGACAAACUUUAUAAUGAAGGCUUUUAUCAAUGGCAGGAGAGUGUUUGGCACUCCAGUAAGAGGAUUCCCUAAAGAAUAUCCUUCAAAAAUGGAAUAUUUUUUUGAUCCGGAAGUAUUGACAGAAGGAGAACUAGCCCCUAAUGAUCGAUGCUGCAGAAUUUGUGGUAAAAUUGGACAUUUCAUGAAAGACUGUCCUAUGCGGAGGAAACUGAGAAGACGGCAUGAUAGUGAAGACCCUAAAAACCAAAGAUACACAGAAAGCAAAGAAAAAAGAAGUAAAGAGGAAAAAGAGGCCCCAGCUAAAUUUACAGAAAGAGAGGUUUUGCUAAAGGAUGGGAAAUUACAGAUAUGCACACCCAACAAAAAUAAAUUGGGAUGGGGAACAAUGGAAACUGGAAAAGAGAAGUCUCCCAAGCAGCCAUCAGAGAAAUGGAAGCGACAGGAAGACAGAGAUUUAAGAGAAAAGCGUUGUUUUAUUUGCGGAAGAGAAGGACACAUUAAAAAAGAAUGUCCACAGCAUAAAGGCUCUACAGGUAUAAAAGGCGUUCUAAAGUCAGAAAGCCCAUGUGGAUCUCCUUUAUCCAGUGCAGUUAAACACUCUGGUCGAUUACACCAGGGACUUCUUCCACAAGAAGAAAAAAAGAAGCAAAAAGGAAAAAUAUUCUUGAGUCCUCAGUCAGGUAGCCUUUCCAGUAAAUAUAUGACUCAGGGAAAAGCUUCACAGAAGAAGCCCUAUCAAGAUUCAUGAGAGACUGAAGCAAUCUUUUAAGAUGCAAUACUGACCGUCCAUUUCCUUAAGAAAUUUUUAUUUUCUUUAUAGCCUCUGGGUUCACAAAACAGCAGCACAAACAAUCUUCAACAUGAAGUUAAAAUCACAUUUUAUUUUAAUUAAAUUGCUAAAGAUGAGAAAGCAAUGGGUUUUAAUGUUUCUUUGUACCAUGAAUCCCUGAUCUUAAUUGAUUGAGCAUUUUAACAGAUAACCAUACUGUUUGUAUUUACUAGGUAAUACACAUAGAUGGGGGAAGUAUCUAACACAAACCACUUCUUCCUAUGUUCAGUCUGAAUGUUUGAGUGCACUUCCAUGGUGUGCAAGCCAAAUAUAAUGACACCUUCAAAAUACUAUUUUUCAAGGAUAAAGGGGUAUUUAUUCAUGAUGAACACUUCCUGAUUUCUUGUGUUAAAAGUGCUUGAAAAUGUUUCUGGACUGCUACUGCUGUAUUUGCAAAUAUUUUAAUCUGUGGGGAACUAAGACAUGAACAUUAAGUAAACUUUUAUGUAAACUCUGUGGAAAAACAGUGCCAUCGAGUUCUUCCUGUUAUUUUAUGAUAAAUUGAAAGGCUGCUGUGCUCGUGUAGAGACUGAGAAGCCAGUUCUGUUUGCUGCUGCUAUGAUUCUUUCCCAUUGUCUGCAACAUAGGAACAAAUUUCCUCUAAGGAAACAAAGGGUAUAUUUGGCAGUUAAAAGAAGAUGAAUGCACAUCUGCUUUUUUGAAAAGUAAAGAAAAUAAUCUGUGUGCUGAUUAAGGAUUUACUUUUGUACUUUCAUCAAGGCUUAAUGUCAGGAUUUCUGCAGAUGGUACAGUAUACCCUUUCUACGAAAUGUAUACAGCAAAAAAAAAGCCACUGUUAUUUAUGACCUUGAAAUAAAAUACCCAAGUGAAAACUUUUAA